UUGACCUGGGUUGGACCAAUCGUUAAGAGUGUUCUACCCAAGCUCCCCCAGGUCAAAGAAUCUUACUGUAAGAUCUUAUAAGAUUCUUGUACUAUUUCGUCUAAUUUCGUAAGAUUCGUAUAAGAAUUUGUAAGAUUUUGUAAGAAACAUAGAAACUGAUGUUUGAUGUAAGAUCUUAUAUUGAGAUUUCAUCAAAUUUCGCAAGAUUCUUGUAUGAUUUUAUAAGAUUUUAUAAGAUGAAUCCGUUUCUAUGCUUUUCCGUGAGAUUUUAUAAGAUCGUGUAAGAUCUUGAUCUGAUUUUUUGACCUGGGAUGUUCAAAAGGACAUAUCUUGAUGUAUUUACUGCUUUCGAUUUACUGCUAUAAGUGCUUUCAAUCUUUAGUUUAUACAUGAAGUUAAUACCGUCGCUGAUCCCUAUUAUGCAAAUAUCGUCGAAUCAGUUCAAAAGAAUUGUCAAAAAUUAGCUACGGCAAUAGUUGCGCAGUUGACAAAAUAUCUUAACAAAGAGAACAUUGAAGACGAAGAAAAACCGUUUGCGUUAGUACAAUUCAUCAUGAAACAUUAUGGAGAAUCAAAAAGAUACAUAUUCAAUCAGGAACUGAUACAUGCAUUUCCAUUGAUACAACCAAAUUGGUCGAUUAAUGGUCAACAGUACAAGUUGUAUAUUGAAAGUCAAGCAGUCACCCAAACAUCAUCACAAGCAGAAGCAAUAGCAGCAUUAAUUGGUUCAUACGAAUUAUUCAAUAUGGUCUACCCGUCUCAAAUAAAACAUACACUUGAAACACUUCAUGGUUUAUUUUUUUCCAAACGGAAUGUUUCAUUGAGUUUGGGAACUCGACGAUUUCUGGAACGUUUCAAAUUUAUUUGUUAG